AUGCUGGCCUGCAUUGGACUGCUGCUUGCAGAAGCUGCGGAAGCCGCGGAACACGAGCUGACGUGUGCUGACUUGGUGCCGGUGCGGGCUGGAUCCUUUGGAUCCUUUGGAUCGCCGAAGUCCUUGGACUUGCGCCACCUGUGGCCGCUGCCUCGUCAUGUGGCGCUCUAUGAUGAGAUGGGCAAGGCUGCCUUUGGAUGCGCAAGGGUGACACCGCUCCAAGUCGAGCCCUGCAGCGUGCCCUUCAGCAUAAACCUGAGAGGACGAGGAGACCAGUUGCUGGAUGCGGUGAUUUGGUCCCUUCGGCACUUCUGUUGGAGACUGUGCAGUCGACCACAAGGGAGAUCUUCCGAUGUUUGUGUCGCUGGGCCUUCCAUCAGCGAAGUUGAGCUGGAGAUCAAGACUCACACAGGAGAGUUGCCAAGCUUGGAGAUGGAUGAAAGCUAUGGCCUGGUGAUCAGCACCUCAUCCAGGCUGUGGGCAAACUCGGUGCACGGCUUCCGCCGGGGCCUGGAGACCAUGCUGCAGAUCUUCGACUCGUUGGACCGGCCCCGCUUCCCCUGGCGCGGCCUGCUGCUGGACACGGCCAGGCACUUCAUUCCGCCCAAGGCAAUAGAGUCAUUGCUGUUCAUCAUGGCUGCCAACAAGCUCAAUGUGCUGCAUUGGCAUCUUACAGAUGCGAUGAGUUUUCCGCUGGAGCUGAAGUCCUUGCCCCAGCUGGCGCAGCUCGGAUCUUUCGGCCCCAACAAGACAUAUCCCCGAGAGGUGGUCCAACACCUAGUGGUCCUGGCCGCAAACUUCUCCAUCCGCAUCGUGCCUGAGCUCGACAUGCCUGCGCACACGGCCAGCUGGAUCUUUGGCGAGCCCACGGCGGUGUCCAACUGCACACACGUCCUGCCAACUGACCCCGGCGAUGCUCAGAAUCCCUUCAAAGCCCGGGACAAACUGGCUCUCGACUUGUCCAACCCGCGCUCCCGCGAGGUCGCCAAGACCAUCCUGCGGGAGGUCGCGGAGCUCUUCCCAGACGAGUUUCUACACGUGGGCGGGGAUGAGGUGGACUACAGAUGCUGGACAACAAUGCCGCACAUCCAGAAGUGGAUGCGCAAGAGAGGACUUGGGCCUUUGGCAGCUCUGCAAGAGUUCUUUGACGACGUGCUGGCCGAGGUGAAGCGCCUGGGCAAGCGUCCAGUGCUUUGGGAGGAUGGCUUUGACCAGGGCCUUCGGCUGCCCAAAGAUGCUGUGGUGCAGCCCUGGAAGUGCUGGGGGAGUGUGGGGCCUGGCAUGCGCUGGUGGCCAAAGGGGGAGGAUCCAGCGAUGCUGGGUCAUGCCGCUGCCUUCUUGGCCACGGAGCUGGGGCUUUCUGCGGUGCAGAGCAGCUGUUGGUACCUGGACUGGCCUUCCCAGUGGACCGAUUUCUAUGGACACGCGGCCGACGAGGGCCCUUUGCAGAAGCAGCCCAGCAAGCGGCUUUUGGGCGGCGAAGCAGCGCUGUGGACCGAGCGGGUGGACUUCACCAACCUCGCCUGCCGCGCAUGGCCCCGCAGUGCAGCGGUGGCGGAGCGGCUGUGGUCGGAUGCCCGGGCGGGCGGAUUCGGCUUCGGCCUCCACGCGGCCAGACUGGAACGACUACACGGGCUCCUGCGGCCCUUGAGGCAGCCGGGCAACAUGCUUUUCUUUUCUCAUGCAGCUGUGCAGGAUUGGGAGGAUGUGGAAAGGCCAUCCAACGAGAUGCCGAUUCUGCCGAGUGGGCGCAGGCUGGAGUCCUGGCGUCAUGACCCCGACCUCUGCCUGAUUUGGGCCGCGUUCUGCACAGCCUCACCCCUGACCCUGGCGGACGGAAUCUCACUGGCGAAGACCAGGAGGUCGGCCAAAGAGGCACUGCAGCUUUUGGCCGGCAGCGGCGCAUAUGCCGUUUGUGGCGCGAGCGCGCCCAGCGCGCCAAGUGCGCCCAGCGCGCCGUGCCCGUCCCUGUCAGAGGACUCGAAGCUGAACUCCCCGGAGAGUGGGUGGCUCGCAGAUGUUCCCAGUUGGAGAGCCCCCACAGCUCGAAGCGCAUCAUGUGACGCAUUGGAGCCUUGGCAGUUCAGCGGCUUCGGCCUGGUGGCAAGGCUGGCCAAAUCCGUCCACGGCGAGGUGCAUUAUGUUCGAGACGAGAGCGGCGCUGCUGCGGUCGCAAAGGUGGUAUCAAAGGACGCGCUGAAUAUGCAGGACAGCGAGCAGUCUAUGUGGUUUAGUGACAAAGACGUGCACUCUUUCGACAACCUCCGAAAUGAAAUCGCGGUCUUGAGAUUCCUGGACGGGUCGACGGAAACGAGCCCGCACAUGCAGAGACUUUUCGGCGCCUUUGAGGACGCCACCUCGUUGUACAUGGUCACCGCAUAUUGUGAAGAAGGUGAUCUUUUUGAGAGGGUGGCAUAUGGAGACCCUCUCGGUGAUGCCGAGAAGAAGCGCCACAUUGGCGACAUGUUGAAGGGAGUGGAUCAUUUACACCGACAUAACAUUGGCCAUCGUGACAUCUCUUUGGAGAACGUGCUUCUCCGCAAAGGGAGCUGCGUUCUCAUCGACUUCGGCCAGGCUGUGCAGCUCAAGGCAAGCGACGGGACAGCUAUGAGGUACUUUGUGGAAGCUGGCAAAAGGAUGUACCGUUCCCCCGAGAUGUACGUCCCACGGCAGCGCGAAGUGCAGGUCAUUUGUCCAGCAGAAGGUGUCCCUAGUGGCGUGUCUAUGGUGUCCUUCGAAAAGAUGCGCUGCGAGGUGUUCCUACCUCCCAAUGCGGUGCCAGGAAAGCCUUGCGCUGCUGCCCCCAGUGGCUACACAGUGGCACCCGCUGAUGUUUUCGCGUGCGGUGUGUGCGCCUUUGUACUACUGGUGGGCAAGCCUCCUUGGACGGCGGCUCUCGACAGCGACCCCUCCUUCUCCUUCACCCGCCGUCAUGGUGUGGCCAAGUUGUUGCAGCAGUGGCGAGGAGCGGGCCCGCCGAGCUCGCCGAGCGAGGAGGAGUCACUUUUGGCACAGAUGCUCCGAGUCGAUCCAACCCGCAGAAGCACACCUGAGGAGUGCUUGCGGAGCAGCUGGCUGGCCCGGAAUCGAGCUCAGACUGCCUAG